AUGGCCGGUAUCAGUGAUGCGAUCAAGAAAGACCAUCGUGAGAUCGAGGAUUACUACAACAAAAUCCUCAAUGCCACCACCGAGAAAGAGAAGAUACAGUGGCAGAAUCAGUUUACGUGGGAACUUGCUCGUCACUCCAUCGGCGAGGAGCUGGUCGUCUACCCGCAAUUCGAGAAGCUACUGACUGAUGGCCGCGCUAUGGCGGACAAGGAUCGUAAAGAACACCAAUCUGUCAAAGAACAACUCAAAGCUUUCCAGAACAUGCAACCUUCGAAUCCCCAAUUCGAGCCUUCACUCAAAGCUCUCAUGGAAGAUCUUACUCAGCACAUCAAAGAAGAGGAAAGCGAGGACCUUCCUAAAUUGGAAGAAAGUUUAUCGACGGAGGAGAGCGAAGACCUUUCCAAGUCUUUCGGCAGAACGAAGAUGUUUGUUCCGUCGCGGUCGCAUCCCAGUGCACCCGACAAACCUCCGUUUGAAACUGCGGUGGGACUGAUGACCGCCCCAAUCGAUCAUCUGGCUGAUCUUUUCCGAUCGUGGCCACAUACUUCCGGCAUGCCGAACCCGUCGACCAAAUAA